AUGGGAAUGUUCAAAUGGAAAAGUUUCAAUCUUGCAUCCUUUUAUCUCUUCUUUCUCUUCACUUCCUCAGCUACUUCAACACAAAUAAUGACCAGCACAAAGCUCGAUGGAUUUGAUGAUCUUCUUGACAUAUGCAAAAUAGUAUAUUGUGGAAAAGGAACAUGUCAACAAAAUGUGUUUCCAAAUUUUUCAUGUGAUUGUGACCCUGGUUGGAAGAAAUUCACACUAGGUUCCUUUGAAUUCCCCACUUGUGUUCUUCCUAAUUGUACUAUUGAUUUCCAAUGUGGUAAUGGAAAACUGCCGAUUCCGUUACCUCAACUUCCAAAUCCAUCCGACCCUUGUUUGGUAAAUUUGUGUGGAGAUGGAAAAUGUGUAAGAGAUGGCACAGAUUUUAAAUGUGAAUGCAAUGAAGGUUCAGCCAAUGUUCUUAAUGAUCCUAAGAUGAUUUGCUUGAAAAAAUGUGGUAUAGGAGGAGAUUGUAAUGGUUUAGAUCUCGGGUUCAACUCGCCAGAAAAAACUGAAUCACCACCUGCAACUCAGGAUUCUGGCCCUAGCUCCUCAGGAACUGGGUCAGGUGAAAUGCUAAACUGCACAAAGAAACUUUAUAUGCUGACUAUAAUGAUAUUAGUGAUCAUAUUUCAAAACUGGAUUUGA